AUGCUUGAGCCCGAAUAUCUGCAGACCUUGUUUAAUGUGAAUGAAUCCUAUGUUGACUUGACGAGUUUCUGGCUGUCAAAAGCCAAAUAUCUGAAUGUUCUUCAUCUGGGUCGGUGGCAAGGCUCCUCCAAGAAUCACAUCGAAGUGACCAACACAGAGUUCUUGAGAACACUGGGUGAUUUAAAACACUUGAGGUACAUAAACUUGCAAGGGAUAUCUAGAAUUCAUGAGCUUCCUUUAUUAAUUUCAAGUCUUCGCCACCUGAAGAUCCUGGAUCUUAGAGCCUGCCACAAUCUGGAGAAACUUCCUUCUGGUAUAUCCAUGCUUGAAAACCUGGAAUAUUUAGACAUGUCCGAGUGUUAUCUGAUAGGCAAUAUGCCUGUGGGCCUGGCAGCACUUACAAAACUCCAAGUACUCAAGGGGUUUGUGAUUGGGAAUCCUACAGCCAAUGGACACUGCAAGUUAUCUCAGUUGACAAAACUUAGCAAUCUGAGAAAGUUGAGCUUGAACAUCUAUGAAAGCAUGGCUGAUUACAUAGCAGAGUAUGAAUUAGAGCAUUUGAGAAGUUUCAAUCAACUUCGUUCACUGACAGUAGCAUGGCUAGGAAUUCCUCCUCCGUCAAAAUCUCGCAAAGCUACCACUAGACAACUCCGCCCAUCAUUAACGUAUAGCAGAGCCAACACCAUGUCGCAGCUUCCACCCAUGUUGGAGAAGCUGGAUCUUCGUUGCUAUCCUUAUUACGAAUUGCCCAGAGGGCUACAAGGAAUGGAGGCACUAAAAAAACUGUACGUCAGAGGUGGACAACUCCGUUCUCUGAUGAUGACAGGUGAAAAUGGUAAUUGGGCUACAAGUAUAAGCAUUUUACGUCUCAAGUUUUUGAUCGACUUGGAGUUGACAUGGCCUGAUCUUUGCAGCCUAUUCCCUGCGUUGGUUUACUUUGAAAAGGUUAAUUGUCCCAAACUGUGUCUCUGUCCCUGCGACGGCCGUGGGGUAUGGAGACAGAACCCAACAGCAAGCCUUUCCCAAGCUCCUUGAUUCUCCUGCAAAAUGACCAUCACAAACUCAAAGAUUGUAAAUUUCUUCCAAAAAUAGUCAAAGGAGAAGUGUUCCUAUUUCUUGAAA